GCCGGGUCGGCGCUGCGCGCUGCAGCAUGACCGCGGCGGACGCGCAGGAGUAUCUGUCGCGCAGAGCGAUCCCGCAGCUCUUCGAGAGCAUGCUAACAGGCUUGAUGUAUUACCUCCCUGAGGACCCCAUCGACUACCUGGAGUGCUGCUUGCAGAAGGUCCGGGAGCUGGGUGGUCCCGAGAAGGUGCAAUGGGACACUUUCAUUGGCCAGGAGCAGUGGACCUUACCCCCCGUCAAUGGUGGGCAAGGGAAGAAAUCCACUUUCUGGACAGACUCCCUUGCAGGGCCACACCACCGGUAUGGGUGCCUACCACCCAUCCAGAGCCAGUUCUCCAUCGAGAGUGACUCAGACAUGACAGAGUCCACUGGACUGAUCCAGGAGUAUGAUGUCUUCAACCCCAGUAGACCCCGCCCCAAAGUCAUCUUUGUGAUCGGAGGCCCAGGCAGCGGGAAGGGCACUCAGAGCACUAAGAUGGCCUCCCACUUCGGCUUCGUCUGCAUCUCGGUGGGUGAGAUCCUGCGCAACCAGCUGAUCCACCACGCCACCAGCAACAGGAAAUGGGAGCUGAUCGCCAAGAUCAUCGCCAACGGGGAACUGGCCCCGCCAGAAACUACCAUUGAGGAGCUGAAGCAGCAGUUCAUUAAGCAGCAAGAUGCCAAAGGCUUCGUGGUGGACGGGUUCCCGCGGGAGAUAGGACAGGCCUUCACCUUUGAGGAGCAGAUCGGCUCCCCAGACCUGGUGGUUUUCUUGGCCUGCUCCAACCAACGUCUCCGGCAGCGUCUGGAGAAACGGGCGCAGGAGCAGGGCCGGCCGGACGAUAACGCCCAUGCCAUUGACCGGAGGGUGGAGACCUUCAAGCAGAACAUCCCGCUGAUUGUGAAAUAUUACCAGGAAAAGAGCAUCAUUGUCUGGUUUGACGCAGACAGAGAGGAGGACGAUAUAUUUGGUGACAUCAGCUCUAUGGUUCAGGAGCGGCUCUUCCCACAUGGCAUCGAUGCAGCAGGGUCACCCCAGUUGGCUCUGUUAGAUUCGCCUUAUGGUGCAGACAGAGAACAUCCUCAGGAGGAAGAUGAGGAAGGACAGACUGAAGAGCUUCUUUGCCCAGAUCUCCUCAGGAUGGCAACAGAGAAACUGAAGAACAGCAAAAUCAUCUUUGUGGUGGGCGGGCCUGGCUCAGGAAAAGGGACCCAAUGUGAGAGGAUUGUCCAGAAGUAUGGCUACACCCACCUGUCCACUGGUGACCUCCUGAGGGCAGAGGUCAACUCUGGCUCGGAGAGAGGCAAGAAGCUCUCUGCCAUCAUGGAGAAGGGAGAGCUGGUGCCCCUGGACACGGUGCUUGAUAUGCUGCGAGAUGCCAUGGUGGCCAAGGCAGAUAUCUCCAAGGGGUUCCUGAUUGAUGGCUACCCCCGAGAGGUGAAGCAAGGCGAGGAGUUUGAGAAGAAGAUCGCUCCCCCAACGCUGCUGCUCUAUGUGGAUGCCGGGAAGGACACCAUGGUCAAGCGUUUGUUGAAACGGGGUGAGACCAGCGGGCGGGUGGAUGACAAUGAGGAGACGAUCAAGAAACGCCUGGACACUUACUACAAGGCCACUGAGCCGGUCAUCACGUUCUACGAGAAAAGAGGGAUCGUCCGGAAGCUGAAUGCAGAAGGCUCCGUGGACGACGUGUUCGUACAGGUCUGCACUCAUCUGGAUGCCCUGAAGUAAAGCACGAAAGGGACCCCCCGCCUCUAACCCCUUCCCACUCAGAGAGAACAUCACCCUCUUCCCACCCCCAGAGCCCAAGUAUUCUCUCCCCCCCCCCCGCCCCGAUUCGAGCUCCAUGGCAGAGACAGCGGAAGUGGCUUUAUCCUGUUUUCGUGGACACAGCCCCAUGGAGGAAAUUUCAAGGACAUUGUGUUUGACUCCUUCCCUUCUCGCCACAGUAAAAUUCACUUUAAUGAGCCCAGGCUUUAUCUUUUUCUUCUGCAACAGGAAGUGACUUUUUCUUUCCAGAUAUUUCCCCCCCCCCCCCCCACUGCGCCCUGAGGUUGAUUAAAGGCAGGAAGUGGCCUGUUUAUCCCACUCCAUCGCAUCAGCAGGAGGAGAGGGGAAUCUGCUCCUGCCCGGAGCGGGAGGAUUCUCUCACAGCGCAGGCAACUUGCUCCCUCCUUUGAGCAGAGGAUGUAGCUGAGAGUCUUAAAAUCUGCUUGGGACAGAGGGAAUUUGAAUCAAAUGCAGAGAAAACCCCAUUUGAGCCAGGACUGGGCAAAAUCUCCCCGUGUGAUUGUAGAGCCAGACACCAACGAGUGUCACCAUUGCUGAGCCCCAACCCUCCCGCCACCAGUCUCCUUGCAUGAUGUGAGUACAGGGAGAGAGCAGUGACCAAGCAGGGGAUGCCCUGGGGCAGGUCAGACUCCCCCAGGGGGGUGUAUAAAAUCCAUUUCCUCCCCCUCCACUCCCCACUGUGAUGCUGCCUGCACAGAGCCAGCAUCUGCCAGCAGAGUAGCCCAGCAUUAGCAGCAGAGAGCCCAGGGUUUGGAGGGUGGUGUCUUCUCCUGCUUUAGAAUGUGAGGGAAUAGUCUCUCCAGGAGCCUGGAGUCCAGCUGCCCUAUACCUUUGUGAAGCUCUGUCUCCAGGGAAGGCAUUGGAGGCUGAAGUGCAUCUCCGCUGAAACCCCUCUCCGCCUGCUUUUUCCCAACCCUCCCAAGACUGUCUAGUGCUUUGAGUGGGUUACCAGGGGCCCUGACUGAGCCUAGGGGCUACCCCAAAAGGCUGCAAUGUGAACACUGCCUCAUUCGAUCGCUGUCUCUGUGCCUUUUAGGGCUCCUGUGCCCCACACACACUCACACGUUUCACACUUCUCUCACACACAUUCUCAUACUGUCUCCCACACACACAUUGACGGCAGCUCUUCUCUUCCUUGUUUUUUUUUUUUUUACAAUGGUUACAAACAAAAGUAUUUAUGAAUGAAAAGCAGCAAACCCCUCCAGAGUCUUAAAGGCAGCAUGUUGCCCCUGCUGCCCGAAUGUACAUUGGCAUAUCGUUAUUAAAGAGCGUGGCAGAAAAGUG